AAUUAGGUUAAGCCACACAUUUUAAGGUACCAAAACUCUCUGUAAUUGUGAAGAGGCGAAGGCUUCCUGCAAAACCAGAUAAAUUAGGGACAGAUUUGUUGCGGCUUCGGGAAGGAGUAUGAAGCCGGCGGAGAUGAGUAGCGGCAUCCCCUUCCUUUCAAUAGACAUCAUAUCGAACGUUCUCCAGCAGCUUCCGGUGAAAUCCCUAUUGCGAUUCCAAACUGUGUGCAAACUUUGGAAGAAUAUCAUCAAGAGCCCGUCUUUCAUCGCCAGCCAUCUCGAGCACUCCAUCCGAGAAAACCCCUCUCUUAUUAUCGUACGGCACUUCUACCGCAAUAACUCCUUUCAUCUAUAUUGUCUGGACCGGGACAUGAAACUCAGCCGUGUUCCGAAGGAUCCUUUGAUCGAUUCCUUCAAGUCCGUCCGGAUAUUCCGCUCCUGUAAUGGCGUGCUCUGUGUUCAAGUCGAUCUUCUUCCUGGUACUUUACCGUCUCUUUACUUGUGGAAUCCUGCAACUAGAGAGGUUAUGCAGGUGCCUAGAAUCAGAACAAUCAUGAAUUCAUGUUGGAUAUGUAGUUUGGGAUUUGCAGCCAGUCCAACCGUUAACGAUUUGAAAAUUGUCUUAGUCAUAAGCAUUUCGACGCGGGGUGAUGUGUCUAAUGUAGUUGAAGUUUAUUCACUCAGCACAAAUUCAUGGAAGAAAAUACACAUGGCUAGCUUGAAGGACAUGGACUUUCGCCCUCAUUGUAUUACUUCUAAUGGGUCUAUCUUUUGGUUUGCAACAAUGGGAGGUUUGACAUCUCAUGGCGGAGAUCAUACUAAUGUCAUAGUUUCGUUUGAUUUAGAAAUGGAUGAGUUUCGAUUGGUAACACCGCCUCCUUCAUCCAGGAACAAAAUUGCUAAUCUGACUUUGUAUGAGAACAGACUUGCAGUAUUUCAUUACUCUAACCCUUCAAACAUAGGAAAUACUCCGGAGGAAUUGUGGGUGGUUGAGGAAGGCAUUGGUGGUUCCUGGAGUAAGGUAUUGACUUUUGGCCCUUAUCCCUACUAUGUAUUACCGUUGACCAUUUGGAGGAACAAAAUAUUCUUCAAUGUUUUUCCUGAAUAUUCAGUAGAGGGGAACAAUGAGAUUGGUGAUGCUGGUAGUUUUUUGUUUGAUCUCACUUCUAAUGAAGUCAAGGUCUGUUCUUCGAGAAGAUAUGACAUUUAUAGUGUUCAAAGAUAUGUUGAAAGCCUUGUACUCCUUCGCAACUUCCACAAAGGAAAGCAGUGAUUUUAAAGCGUAGUAAUUAUUGAAUAAUUAUAACGCAUUGUAGAUUUACUGAUUGUAUUGGCUCUUCGUAGACGAUGAUAAAUUAAUUUUUUGUUUGUAGUUGUAUAACAUUUCAAACGCCAUUUAAAGAAACAAAUGCAUUUUUAAAAAAAUUAUUAUUUGUUU